GAGUAGCGCGUGAGCGGCCCGGCCUGGCGGCUGCCUGUGUUCCCGACUCCCGACUCCCGUAAAUCCUCCACAGGGCACAGAAUCGCGCGCAAGCGGGAACGCGAUUGGCUGCGACAACCGCCCCACCCCGGCGGUCGCGUCGCCUACGCUCGUCAUUCUCGUCAGUCGGGCUUGGGCCACGGUCGAGUGUGCGUCGUAUGUCGCGGAUUUCCGUUCACGUACGCGAGCGUACGGAUUUGUCACUGAGAGGAAAAAUAUCGAGCGCUCGCGCGUAGCAUGUCUUGACGAGUAGGACAGGCGCUUCGACUGGGUUCUCGGUAGAUAAGGGUUCUCCAUAAUGGCGGGCGGUCAACAGCUUCCGGAGCAGUACACGGUACCACAAUACGCGAGGAUCUUCCACAGUCUGCCGCAUCUGAACGUCUCUUUACAUUCGGUCAAUAAUACGUUCAAUCCCCACUCCGAGAUCUAUUUGGAGAGCCUCGGGAUACUGGGAAGUAUUCCGGCAGCCUGGUUGAUCUUAACUUUACUGGUAUUGCUGGUUUAUUUGGUAACAAGAUGCUGCGACCGGAGGCCGCGCCCCAAGAAGUCGAUAACCGCGCUGAAGUGUUCGCUGGCCAUCCUAGCGUUACUCUGUAGUGGAGCAGUGGCUGUUGGUCUUUAUGGCAACGACGACGUACACAACGGCUUGGUACAACUCAUAGCAGCUGCGAAAAACGUUGAUGGGAUCCUUAUGGGUGUCAGAAAUCAGACUGACACUAUAGAAGCGACUCUGAAGAGAAAAGUGCAGCCGCAACUGACUGCUCUCGGAGAUGAAUUCGAUGCUCCGGUCAGUAAUAAAACUAUGCUAAGUUGGCUGCUAGCGGCACUUAAUGGCAUGAAGCAAAAUACGAGCAUCGCUGUAAAUCGGAGUUUUGAGAUACGAAAGCCUUUGAGUGGUAUUAGUCUUGCCGGCGCCAUUGGGAUGGGUGAGAAGAUCGAGCAGUUGCGAUGGCCUAUCACUAUGGCGGUCCUCAGCGCUCUACUUGUCCUCUGCGUGGUUCUGGUGGUCGGUGUUGCACGGCACUCCAGAUGUGUUCUCAUAACAUUUUCCGUAUUCGGCUUGUUUGCGGUUAUCGUCUCUUGGCUCAUGGCAUCCUUAUACUUGGCAACUUCUGUAGCUCUAGGUGAUCUUUGCGUCUCACCUGAUGGUUAUUUGAGUAGAGCCGUACCAUCUACUUUAGCUUCCGAGGUACUCUCAUACUACACGCAUUGCGAGAACACGCGCAGCAAUCCGUUCACGCUGAGAUUGCGGGACACGCAACGUGCGGUGGAUAACAUGAGGCAUAACUUGAACACGGUGACUAAAUUAGCUCUAGAACUGUUCAAAGAUCAGCAGCUUCAGCCAAAACUCAGCAGUUUAUCCACAGACGUUAAUACCAUAGACAGACUCAUGCCAGGUUUAUCCACGUUACUCGACUGUAAACCUCUGCACAAACAAUACGUUCAUGCCGCCAAGAGUUUGUGUCACUUGGGAUUGUAUGGAUUGAGUUUCAUGCUAAUAGCCAGUUUAGCUGCAGGUCUCUUAUUCACCGUAUUGGUUUGGGUGGAUUCUCAUACGUGGAUAUACAUACGAAAACGAAGGGAUUAUCAUCAGGUUGACGAGCAAGAUCCUUACUUACCACCAUCGGCGGCGUCACAGGCGAUAGCAGCAAGGACCCUUCGAGGCCAAGGGUCGUACCCGCCUACAGCCCCUACGCUUAAUUCGAAUGCUCUUGGCACUCAUAACACGAUUAAGCAGCCUCUCUUGCUAACGCCGCCCCCACCGUCCUACGCUACUGCGACUGCUCGAGCACGUCAACUGCACGAGAGCAUGUUAAAAGGUGGGGGUGUUAACGGGAGCGGAGGGGGCGGGGAUCACAAAUCGUCUCAGCAUAAUCAGCAAUCAACGGGUGGACGAACUGAACACCGAUCUGGACUCGGAGAUCAACCUGGCCAGUACGCGACUCUGAGCAAACAGUGCAAGACGCUAGAAUCUAGUGACUUCUACUGAGGGCACGCCCCCGCAGGGCCCGGUAGAGAACCACCUUGGACGCCCAGCGUGGCUUCCUUCACCGGUACCCUGUCUCAUAAUUCGCACGGGCCCGCACAUCUUGCCACUUUUCAGGAUUCGCGAAAGACACAAACGCUGGAUCCGAAGAACCUGGCCAAUCUAAAGAGGGGUCCGACUCAGGCCUGGAAUCAAAAUCGACCGCUUCCACCGAAUCCCGCGAGUCAGCAGCCUACGUGGGAGUUCGAGUCACGCUCGCAGACUAAUAUGAAUCAGUUUCGAUCGUUGGUGCGGAACAAGGCGCCUAAUAUUCGCAUUCAAGAUCAAAUGCAAGAUCAGGUCAGAACUUUGGAUAGAAAUUUCUCGCGUAGCCAGUUCAACGGUACUACACCGCAGAACAACACGGUGCCGAAUAUGUAUGGUACAUAUAAUCGAGCGCAGGGAAGGCAGGAGAAGCCGACGGUGGCUACGUUGAGUCAGGUACAGGGUAGUGAUCCUAAUCUGUAUGCUGUAACGGAACUCUAAUCGUCGAAAAGGAAGAGAAGAUGCGAAAUCAUAAGUAUUUGCAGAAUAGAGGCAUCGUUGACAAAGAGUUUUGUCUUUUAACAAAAUUCAGAACAUGCGAUUUGGAGUUCCUAUAAAAUAAGAGAAAAAGAAAAUGAUAAAUUGAUUUCAGAGACCUGCGAUAAAAGUGAGAGAAAUCAUGGGGGAGGGGGGGGGAAGGGUGAAAAAGAUUUUUAGAGAACUUAGGAACUUGUGUGAGACAUACUUUAUAUCCGAGAUUUUGUACUUGUAUAUCAUGUACAGUGAUUGUGGUACGUCCUUCUAUGUUAUUCUCCCUCUUUGUUAUCGCGUUCUUGAUUAGACCGCGCGCAAAGUAUCCAAGGACAUGGAAUGCAUAUUUAAACGUAUGCAAUUAUAUUGCUUGUUGGCCGACUUGAAAGCUGCAUGAGCAAACAUGCACGAAAGAAAUCUUCACACGAAGUUUUACACUGAUAUCGUUUACAGAGAUACUGCUCGCUUGUUCAUUCUAAAUUAGCCGUUAAUUUCGCGUGUGAUGUUUAACCAACGAGUUAGAUAUCGUGACUUGAAGGAGACACCAAAAGACGAUGAAGGAACUACUAAAAUACGGUUUUUAUAUACUUUUUACAUUUUAACCGAACGAAUCUAUGUUGAAUUUUCCGUGAGAGAUAUUUAAUAUACUUUAUAUGUGUGUGAAAACGUAUACAUAUACAUCUAGUUACCGCACAGAAUGUCUGGUGAUUUUUACGGGACUCUUUGGCAGAAUUCGAUUGAUCAUAGGUCACGCUCGAUACUGCCAAUGCUCAGGCGAAUAUACUUUUUAAGUACAAAGACAGUGGUAGCGCAGGCGUUAUGGGUUUUCAGUUUUUGUGUGCAAACGAAAAAGAAUUGAAAAGGAAAUGGAUGUGUCCAACGUAUCGAUAAAGGAUAUUUGGAAACAUACUUCCACAGGCGGUAUUAGUUAAAAAUACUCUUUUUAAAGACAGUAAGGAAAAAUUAAUCUGUCGUAAAAAACUAAAUCUUAUUAUACUUUGUAAGAGUCGAGAAUGAAUUUUCUGCGGAGCGCAGUCUUCCUGAGAUCUUCUGUAACAUCAGAGAUAUACCGAGUAUAUCAGGCAAAGAGAAUAUCUGGCGAUUAUUCGGUACUCGUUGAAUCCAAGUGCCGGAGAAGUAAAUGUUGUGCUUGAAUAAUAGCCAAUUGAUCAAGCGUUUACUAUUACAAGUAUCAACGGUUGAAUAUUGGCAAUUCUUUUUCAAUUGUCACGGAUGUCUAUCCCCGAUAAUAUUCGGUACAUCUCUCUUUCUCUUUAUAAUUGAUUAUUAUCUAAAAAUUUGUAAGAGUUGAUAGAGAUUUUCAGCAAUCGCAAAUGAUUUUGUACUGGCAUCCGCAUAUAAUUCAGUAAGUUUGUAUAUAAAACAAUAACUUAAGAUUAUUGAGUAAACGUGAAAAGUGUGAUAAAACCGAAUCUAGAUGUUAUUACGGAUUUUACGUGGAAGCAUUUUGCCAUUCUUUUUUUAUUGACAAUUUAACCACGACUUUCGAUUGCGGAAAGGGAAAUCGUGCCAUUCCAGGAAUAUAUGCAUUUAACGCAAACUACUUUCCAGGAUUUUCUUAGGGCUUGUGUUUAGUCGAGUAAAAAUCAAUUAUAUAAUCGCAAUACCAAGCAUUUUAAGAGCGUGAAUAGCAAAAGAACUUAAUCCAAUGUAAAUAAUUGUAAUAUUUAUUACAGAGCGAUAGCUCGUAGACUAGUAGCAUAUAGUUUAGUUAAAUGCUAAUUUAAGUUUCGACGAUAAAUAUAUAAAUGUGUGCACGCUGCUACGUGCGCGUAAUAGCAAAUGAACGAAUAUCGUUUUGUUCACUUUGGAGAUGAAGAAGUAUCCUAGUCAGUAUAUAAAGUUGUGUACAUUCAUUAAUAAGAUCUCUUGCCAAAUUUUUAACCCGGCUCAAUUUGAAGAAAACGAAAAAAAAAAAGAUAAGACACGUAAAGAGGAAUCUUUUUUCUCAAAGAAUAUUUGUAUCGUCACUAUUAAUACGUACGAAAACUAUAUUAGUGCGUCGUUGCCCCUCGAUAUAUGUUCUAGAUUUUAAGAAAAAUUGCUUAUUGAGAAAGUUUACAAGUAUAAUCCAACUUCAGUGUUUUAGCACAGAUAUGCGUAUCCGUAAUAUGUUACUAUUUGUUGUACAUCUCGAUUAUUUUUCUUAUUUGGUAAGUAUUUUUACUUUUCGUUUUUUGAUCCGCCACGGUAUCGAUUUACAUCAGAAAAAUAGAGAUUUUUUUUAUUUUUAUUUAUUUGAUAUAAUUUACAAUUUAUUUUUUUUACAUUGUUUUUUUUUCUUUUUUUUUAAAUAACUCAUAAAACACUGGAGAUGGACGUCUUCAGAUACUGUAUAACCUUGGUUACUCGAGAUUUUACAGUAAAGCGCGCAAAAACGGGAUCAACAUAGUAUUGUUCAGAUUAAAGACCUGCAAGUAAACACGUCGUUUGUUAGUCAAUGAGAAAAUUGUGCUAAAAUAUUUCUCUGCUAGAAGACAUUUGACCCGCGCUCAAUGAUUUGGGCAAAAUUGACGAGACUUACAGGCGAUCGAGGAACCCGUUUAACACGUAUUUUAAAAUAAUCUAGAACACAGAAAACGUUGUUAAACUCUUAAUAUGAGAAUUUGUAAUUUAGAUGAUUGUUAACAGAACCUUUAUUGUAAUCGUUUGUCAAUUUUUAUAGUAGAAUCGAGAGUCUGAGGCACAUUGCACACCAGUUUUUCUAACGAAUAAAACAGCAUUUAAGUUAUUCAUCAUUUUUAUACGGUAAAUGUAAUGUGGUAUAAAAGAAGGCGAGAGCAUCUGCGCAACAAACACGAACAAAAGAGGAAAGGAGAUCAGGAUGAUUGAGAGAAAAAGAGAAUAUGUGAGCGAGUGUAUACGUCUAUUAUAUACAUAUAUGUGUAUGCGUGAGAGAAGAAGAGAGAGAAAGAACGGAAACUCAUUAUUUUCAGAGAUAAUGGGAGUGAUGUAAUGAUAUACGACAUUGAGGAACUCAUUCGAAUUGGAGCAUUUUCUUGGCCUACGGCAAUUUUUCAUCGCAGAAAAAAAGGAUGAUAUAGUUAAUAAACGAAAAAUCAAAAAAAAUUUCGCAGAAUUCGAUUAAAUAUUAUACGCACAUCGACAGAUAUGGAUAUAUGACAGAAAGAAAAAGGAAAGGAACACGGGAGACCUAAGCUUUUGUGCACCCUUUAAGACUGAUACUGGAUACGUCGAAGAAUCCAGGGCUCUAAUAUUUUUUCCGUAUAUUUAUAUAUUGUAUAAGUAUAUAAUAUUUUACACGUGUUCGGUAUAGGAUGUGAUGGAUCGUUCAUUUCUGUCAUAGGUCUUUGUGUGUCUAUCUUCUGUUCGAUAUUUUCUCAAUUUAAUUCCUGACGUAUCUCUCGCUACAUCUAUUAGUGAAAGUAUAUAGAUAGUAUAUAAUACUAUCUUCUCUUUUUUGCGUAUUUCUCUCUCACUGCGCGAAAGAGAUUUAUUUACAAAGUAUAUGUAGAGGCUACUCGACUAUACUCCAGAGAACUUACGUAAGUUAUAACGUUCUAUUGCGUCUUUCUUUAUAUGUGCGGUUAUUAUGCGAAUUUUGAUGUAAUAUAAAGACUUAUCUCGAAGAUAUGUAGGAGACAAACGAAGAAUGAACGAAGCUCGUUAAUCGAUACCACUUUUUGUAUAUUACGAUUGUGUCUAAUUGCCAUAUUCCGAAUUUAAUUCCUCCUAUUGUAACGGAACAUGAAUAUUAUAAAAAGAGAAAUAAAAACAUAAGAUCCAUAA